AUGGUGGAUUCUAUUUCAACAAGCACUUCACUAGAAAGUAUUACUGCUAAUGAUUUCAACAAGGGCCAAGACUCGUCUUCAAAUGACAUUGAAAACUUUCGAGGUGAUUUUAACGAGGAGGAUGAAGCAAGCAGAGUGCUCAAUUUGAGAAGAACAAUCACCAACUUAUCACAAAAGAGUGGGAAGAACAAGUUGGAUUCGAUAUCGAGAGAAAUCUCAAGACAAAUUUCCAACAAAGAAGGACAUUUUGAAUUGAAACUAGAUGAGUUCAACUUGAUGAGAAUAUUAUCGAAUUUUGUUUAUUUUGCUAAAAAACAAGGCAUUGCUUUGAGAACCAGUGGUAUAACAUUCCAAGAUCUAUGUGUUUAUGGUACAGAUGAAUCAUUUGCAGUUGUUCCUACUGUUGUUGAUUUGUUAAAAGGUCCAAUUGGUGGUAUUCAGAAACUAGUUUCGAGCUUGAGAACUCCACAUAAGUCGAUUUUGAAGAAUUUAAACGGUAUUGCUAAACCAGGAGAAAUGGUUUUAGUCUUGGGCAGACCAGGUGCUGGCUGUACUACUUUUUUGAAGGCAAUAAGUGGAACGGAUUUCGAUCUUUACAAGGGAGUCGAGGGUGACAUAAGAUAUGAUGGGUUGACGCAACAGGAAAUGUUGAAAUAUUUCAAAAAUGACCUUGUUUAUAAUCCAGAAUUGGAUGUCCAUUUCCCGCAUUUGACCGUAGACCAAACCUUGUCAUUUGCAAUUGGUUGCAAAACUCCCAAUAUAAGAAUCGAUGGUGUUUCUCGAGAUGAAUUUAUUCAAGCGAAAAAGGAAAUCUUGGCAACAGUUUUUGGAUUGAGACAUACUUAUCACACAAAAGUUGGUAAUGAUUUCGUAAGAGGAGUUUCUGGAGGUGAAAGGAAAAGAGUUUCUAUUGCUGAGGCCUUGGCCUGUAAUGGUACGAUUUAUUGCUGGGAUAACGCUACUAGGGGUUUGGAUGCAUCGACUGCCUUGGAGUUUGCACAAGCUAUCAAGACCUCAACUAAGAUGUUGAAAACAUCUUCUUUUGUAUCGAUUUAUCAAGCUGGUGAGAAUAUUUACGAAUGUUUUGAUAAAGUAACCGUGUUGUACAGUGGAAGACAAAUUUACUAUGGACCAAUAACCAAAGCUAAAAGGUAUUUUGAAGAUAUGGGAUGGAGGUGCUUACCAAGACAAACCACACCAGAGUUUUUAACUGCAAUAACCGAUCCUAUCGGUAGAUUUGCUAAGCCUGGAUGGGAAAAUAAAGUACCUCAAACUGCAGAAGAGUUUGAAAGUUACUGGUUGCGCUCAAAAGAUUAUCAAAUACUACUCGAUGAAAUCAAUGAUUUUAACGAAUCAAUCAACGUAGAUGAAGUAAGAAAAGAAUACUAUGAAUCUGUUCAACAAGAAAAAAUGAAGGGUGUUCGAAAGACUUCUCCAUUUACUAUAUCUUACCUAUAUCAAUUGAAGUUGUGUGCGAAAAGAAGUGCACAAAGAAUAUGGGGUGAUAAAGCAUAUACAGUUACACUUUUAGGAGCUGGUGUAAGUCAAGCGUUUGUUGCUGGUUCCCUUUAUUACAAUACCCCAAACGACGUCUCUGGUGCUUUUUCAAGAGGUGGUGUCAUCUUUUUUGCAGUAUUGUUUAUGUCGUUGAUGGGUUUAGCAGAAAUUUCAGCAUCGUUCAGUAGUCGUCCUAUUUUGAUGAAACAAAAGAACUACUCAAUGUACCACCCAUCAGCCGAUUCACUUGCCAAUUUUGUUACAUCAAUUCCUGUGAGUAUCUUUGUCAAUAUUUUUUUCGUUAUUAUUUUAUACUUUUUGUCAAACUUGGCCAGAGAAGCGGGUAAGUUUUUCAUUUGCUUUUUGUUUGUUGUGUUGCUACAUAUGACUAUGGGAUGCAUGUUCCAAGCAGUAGCUGCGAUCAACAAGACCGUUUCGGGAGCAAAUGCUUUAGGAGGUGUUUUGAUGUUGGCAUCAUUGAUGUAUUCUUCCUAUAUGAUUCAAAGACCUUCUAUGCAUCCUUGGUUUAAGUGGAUUUCGUAUAUCAACCCGGUUUUAUAUGCGUUUGAAGCAAUCAUUGCUUCAGAGUUUCAUGGCCGUCAUAUGGAAUGUACUGGCGAAUAUCUUACACCAUCUGGUCCUGGGUACGAAAAUUUAGCUCCCGGUGAACAAGUUUGUACUUUUAUUGGCUCGGUACCAGGUCAAAGUUGGGUUUUGGGUGAUGAUUAUUUGAGAAUCGCAUAUACUUAUAAAUUUGAUCACGUUUGGAGAAAUUUGGGUAUUGUUAUUGGAUUCUUGGCAUUUUUUUUGGCGAUUACAUCACUAGGUACUGAAUAUAUCAAACCAAUAACAGGAGGAGGUGAUAAGCUAUUGUUUUUAAAGGGAAAAAUUCCGGAUCAUGUGGUCUUAUCUAAGGAGAAAAAGGAAGGAGACAUUGAGCAGGGUCCAGCCAUGGAGGAUUUGGAUGAUCGCGAAGUUAAAAUGAAACCCGAUGAUGCAGAUUUAAAAACUAAGGAUAUAUUCAUUUGGAAGGAUGUUGAUUAUGUGAUUCCAUACGACGGUAAGGAGCGUAAGUUGUUAGAUAAUGUGAGCGGAUACUGUAUUCCAGGCACAUUAACAGCAUUGAUGGGAGAAUCAGGUGCAGGAAAAACAACUUUAUUAAAUACAUUGGCUCAGAGAAUUGAUUUUGGUGUUGUUACUGGUGACAUGUUAGUGAAUGGUAAAGAUUUGGAUUCUUCAUUUAGUAGACGUACUGGUUAUGUGCAACAACAGGAUAUUCACGUUUUGGAAGUAACAGUAAGAGAGUCAUUACAGUUUGCAGCAAGAAUGAGACGAUCAUUAACUGUUCCUGAAGCGGAAAAAAUGGAAUAUGUGGAAAAGAUUAUUGAUGUUUUGGACAUGAGCACGUAUGCAGAUGCAAUUGUUGGUAGACCUGGAAACGGGCUUAAUGUUGAGCAAAGAAAGAAAUUAUCUAUUGGUGUGGAAUUAGUAGCUAAACCAUCAUUGUUGCUAUUUCUUGAUGAACCAACCUCUGGUUUGGACUCUCAAUCAGCUUGGGCUAUUGUUAAAUUGUUGAGGGACUUGGCCAAUGCCGGACAAUCUAUUUUAUGUACCAUCCAUCAACCUUCAGCAACAUUAUUUGAGGAGUUUGAUAGAUUGCUAUUGUUGAGAAAAGGUGGUCAAACCGUAUACUUUGGUGAUAUAGGAGAAAAAUCAAGAACAAUUUUGGAUUAUUUUGAAAGGAAUGGAGCAAGACACUGUGGAGAUUCUGAAAAUCCGGCAGAAUACAUUCUUGAGGCUAUUGGUGCAGGUGCCACUGCUCUGACUACUGCUGAUUGGUUUGAAAUCUGGUCUAACUCUCCAGAAAAAGUUGAGUCAGACAAGAGGAGAGAUCAGUUGAUCAAUGAGUUGAAAGAAAAGCCAUCUGACUUGACAAAGGAAGAAGAAAAGGAACUAAAGGAGAAAUUUGCAACACCAUACUGGUACCAAUUCCGCUGGGUUUGCGGUAGAACUGCGGUGACCUUUUUCCGUGAUCCAGAUUAUAUUGCCGCCAAGAUCUUUUUAAUGACCAUAUCGGGUUUGUUCAUUGGUUUUACCUUUUUUGGUUUGAAACACACGAAAACUGGUGCACAAAAUGGUAUGUUUUGUUCCUUUUUAAGUGUUGUUGUUUCGGCACCAGUUAUCAAUCAAAUUCAAGAAAAAGCCAUUGGUAGUAGAGAUUUGUUUGAGGUUCGAGAAAAAUUGUCCAAUACGUAUAACUGGUCCUUGAUGAUUAUAUCCCAAAUUUUGAAUGAAAUGCCUUACUUGUUGAUUGGUGCGGCAUUUAUGUUUGUAUCAGUAUACUUUCCAACACAAGUAAAUAGGCAGGCUGUGCAGUCGGGAAUGUUUUAUUUUACCCAAGGUAUAUUUUUACAAGGAUUUGCGGCAUCUUUUGGUUUGAUGGUGCUUUAUAUUGCCCCCGAUUUACAAAGUGCAUCCGUUUUGGUCUCCUUUCUUUAUACAUUUGUGGUUGCAUUUUCAGGUGUUGUGCAACCUGUAAAAUUGAUGCCAGGAUUUUGGACUUUUAUGAAUAAGCUUUCACCAUAUACUUAUUUCAUACAAAACUUGGUUUCAUCAUUUUUACAUAACAGAGAAAUUCAUUGUAAUGAAAAAGAGUUGGCAUUUUUUGAUCCGCCUGCGGGCCAAACCUGUGCACAAUUUGCUAGAGCCUUUAUUGACCGUAAAGGUGGAUAUUUACUGAACCCAAGUGCUACAGCAAACUGUGGUUAUUGUUCCUUCCGUAAUGCUGACGAGUAUUUAUUAACAAUUGGAGCCAAAUUCUCGUACAGAUGGAGGAAUGUUGGAUUCUUUUUUGCCUACAUUUUUUUUAACAUUUUAUUCUGUAUGGCACUUUAUUACUUGUUACGUUUCAGCAAGCUAACAAGUAAAGCUACUGGUUUCCUUAAUAAAUUAAUACCAAAGAAGAAAACAUCAUAA